AUGGGCCGGUCCGCCGGUGAGUAUAUUCGUCGGCCGGAGAAAAGUUUUCAGAUCAGAAAUUUUAUGUAUGAUGCGUUUUGUUCGGUUGUUGGUGGCGGCAGUGACCGCCGGAUUGUGACAUCAUUUGCCUUUAAAUUUAACGAGUUUUCUUUCACAUCUUUUCACCGUCUGGAGGUCUUAGAUCUGAGUAACAACAAUUUUUUUGGGAGCAUCCCAUCAAACAUAAAGUUACUAUCUUCUCUGAAAGCUGUAUCAUUUUCUAAGAAUAAGCUCAAUGGAUCAUUACCCGAUCAUGGGAUUUGCGAGUUAAAGAACCUCCAUGAGCUAGAUCUUAGUGCUAACAUGUUUGGUGGAAACCUGCCGGAAUGUCUCAAAACGCUAUCAUCUCUUAGGUUGUUUGAUAUCUCGUCAAACCGAUUCUCCGGAAUGCUUUUGCCAUCUUUGAUUGCUAAUCUCACAUCUCUGGAGUACAUUGAUGUUAGUCAUAACAAAUUUGAAGGCUCAUUCUCUUUUAGCUCAUUCUCUAAUCAUACAAAGCUUGAGGUUGUUGAAUUAACAAGUGACAAUGACAACUUCAUGGUGGAAACAGAAGAACCUAUAGGUUGGACUCCUAUGUUCCAGUUGGUAGUUCUUGUGCUAUCUAAUUGCAAUGUGAAUAGAGCAAAAGGAAGUGUUCUUCCUGGAUUUCUAGUUAACCAACACAAGUUACAAGUGCUAGACAUAUCUCACAACUCCAUACAAGGAAAACUUCCUAAUUGGUUGAUUAAAAACAACACAAUGCUGGAACUUCUUAAUCUAAGGAACAACUCAUUUUGCCAUAAUUUCCUUAUGCCAUUUUAUAGGAAUCCUAAUAUAUGGUGGCUGGAUUUGUCUGGAAAUCUCAUGAUAGGUGUUAUUCCUAAAGAUAUACAAAAGUUCCUUCCCUAUAUAACUAAUUUGAAUUUGUCCAGGAAUUCUUUAGAGGGUGCCAUACCGUGUUCAAUUGGUGAUAUGUGGCAAUUAGAGAAACUAGAUUUAUCUAGUAAUCAAUUGUCCGGAGAAGUACCAACAGGACUGCUUACGAACCUCUCUGAAUUGUUUGUAUUAAAGCUAUCAAAUAACAGACUGCAUGGUGAAGUACUUUCAGGAAACUUAAGCUUCGGUAACAUUGAGAGCAUUCACUUGGAUAGUAACUAUUUCUCAGGGAAAAUUCAAAGUGCGCCCAACAAAACGAGUACAUUGUCUCAACUAACAGUUUUGGAUAUUAGCAAUAACCUUUUUACAGGUUUGGUUCCUCACUGGAUAGGUUGGAAGUUAAGAAAAAAUAAGUUUAGUGGCUCUAUUCCAAAGCAGUUGUGCCAGUUAACCAGUGUGAGUUUGAUUGAUCUAUCUAGUAAUUCUCUUUCUGGUCAAAUACCUCCAUGUCUAAAAAAUAUUGCUCGCCCAACGUACCAGGCUUUCAUGGAGACUAGCUACCAUUCAUACCAUAGGAAUUCUUUUUACAAUUAUAGGAGCAUUCUAAAUAAGAAGUUUAAUAUCCAUGACUCUGAUAACUUGUUUGAGACACAAGACGAAAUUACGUUCACAACAAAAACCCUCGCUCUAUUCUACAAGGGAGGCAUUCUCAAUAUCAUGUCGGGAUUAGAUCUAUCUUGUAAUAAAUUAACCGGUGAUAUCCCUAAAGAGUUGGGAUUGUUAACACAUAUUCGUGUUUUGAACUUGUCUCACAAUGUGUUAACAGGACCAAUUCCAGUGAGCUUAUCAAAUCUCACAGAUAUUGAGAGCUUAGACCUUUCUUCAAAUGGUUUGACAGGGAAAGUUCCGGUUGAACUUAUUAAGCUACACUCUUUAGCUGUUUUUAAUGUUUCUUACAACAAUUUAUCAGGUAAACUCCCAGAAAUGAAAGAACAAUUUAGUACAUUUACCAAAGAGAGCUAUGAAGGGAAUCCACUUCUUUGUGGACCACCAUUAGAGUAUAAAUGUACGACUGAACCACACGAAACCUAUCAAUUAAAUGAGGAAGAAACAUAUGAAAAAUGGCAUGAUGUUGAUAUGACAUCAUUCUAUGGAAGUUCUAGUUCCACAUGGUUGGUGUUCAUGUUUGGAUUUGCCAUUCUUCUUUACAUCAAUCCUUAUUGGCGUAAAAGGUGGUUGGACUUCGUUGAAGAAUUGUUAUCGCUAGACGCUACCCAAUACUUGAUCAAAGAAUACAUGACACCAAAGUGGAAAUUUUGGACCAUCAAAGACUGGAACAUAUCUUUGUUUCUUGGUCUUAUAUUUCUUAUGGUUUGA